AUGUCGACUCAAAAAUUUGAAUCUGGAAAUUCAAAAUUAAGAAAAAAGAAAAGAAUUGAUGCUUUAAUUGAAGCAUUAAAAGGAGCUUUAGAUAAAUUUAUCAAAACAAACAAAAAAAGUAAAUUUGAAAACUUAGGUGAUUGUUCAUCAAAUGAACUAAUUAAUCAUGUAGAAACUAACAAUAUAGACAUAGACAACCAAAAUGAAAAUAUAGAUAAUUUUGUAGAAGAAGUUAACAAUAUAGACAAUGAUGAAAAUGACAAUAGUAAUUUAUUAACAGAAGAGCUUCAUAGUGUUGACGCCACUAAAAAUAUAUAUGAUCCAAGUCAAUGGAUAAAUAUUAGUACAAGUUUGAGAGAUUUAUUAGUAGAAAAAGGUCCGAUUAAAGUUACCGAUAUUGAUUUUCCUAAGGAUGAAUCCACAAGACACUUUUCUUCCUCAUUUUAUAUUCAAAAGUUGUCUAAUGGAGAAAACCGUGAAAGAAGAUGGCUAAUAUAUUCUCAAGAUUUGAAUAAAGUAUUUUGUUUUUGUUGUAAAUUAUUUAAUACUCUUUCUAGUACAAGCAAAUUAGCAAGUGAUGGUAUUUGCGAUUGGAAAAACAUGGGUAAUACGUUGAGGAGUCAUGAGAUGAGUAAGGAACACAUUGUAAAUAUGAAUUCAUGGAUUGAUUUAGAAAUGAGAUUGUUAAAAAAUAAAACAAUUGACACACAUGUUCAAGAUCAAAUAAAUAGAGAUAGAGAACAUUGGAGAAAUGUAUUGUUAAGAAUAAUUGCGGUUGUUAAAACUCUUGGAAAAAAUAACUUAGCAUUUCGCGGAACAAAUGAAAAGAUUUACCAAGAACAUAAUGGAAAUUUUUUAAGUCUAAUUGAAAUGAUUGCUGAAUUUGAUCCUAUAAUGCAAGAACACAUUCGCCGAAUUAAAAAUAAUGAAAUCCACAAUCAUUACCUUGGACAUAGGAUACAAAAUGAGUUAAUAAAUAUUUCUUCUACUUCAAUACAAAUAGUUGAACAUUUUGUGGAAUUUUUAAUAGUAAAUGAUACAACUGGAAAAGGUAUUUUUGAUGCAAUUGUGAAUGAAAUAAAUACUAUUGGAAUUGAUAUUAGUAACUUAAGAGGGCAAGGUUAUGAUAAUGGGUCUAAUAUGAAGGGAAAACAUCAAGGUGUGCAAAAAAGAUUUUUAGACAUUAAUCCUAGAUCAUUUUAUACUCCGCGUGUGGUUGUCAUAGUUUAA